AUGUCGACAGUCGCCCAUUCCCCUCCCUUUCAAUGGGAGCUUCUUCUCUUUAACCCUCUCGCACACUCGCUCGUUCAAUCUCAUGCGCUAUGCCCUCCUUUCCCCCACGUGCUGCCCUCCUUUCCCCCACGUGCUGCCCUCCUUUCCCCCACGUGCUGCCCUCCUUUCCCCCACGUGCUGCCCUCCUUUCCCCCACGUGCUGCCCUCCUUUCCCCCACGUGCUGCCUUCCUUUCCCCCACGUGCUGCCUUCCUUUCCCCCACGUGCUGCCUUCCUUUCCCCCACGUGCUGCCUUCCUUUCCCCCACGUGCUGCCUUCCUUUCCCCCACAGGCUGCUCAGCACCAGCCAGGGCUGCUCAUCAUCACCUUUUAUCGUUUGGACCGUCAGCAGCAGCGGCUGGUGGAGCAAUUUCCGUCGCUGCCCCUCCCAUCUCCAACUCCCAUUCCCCCCUCCCAUUCCCCCCUCCCAUUCCCCCCUCCCAUUCCCCCCUCCCAUCCCCCCCCCCACUUCCCACUCCCCCUUCCUACUCCCCUUCCCACUCCCCCUUCUCACUUCACCCUCCCAUUCCCUCUUUCCAUUCCCCCUUCUUAUCCCCCCCUUCCCAUUCCCCCUUCCCAUUCCCCAUCCAAUUCCCCCUUCCCAUUUCCCCAUCCAAUUCCCCCCUUCCCAUUCCCAUUCCCCCAUCCCAUUCCCCCUUCCCAUUCCCCAUCCAAUCCAAUUCCCCCUUCCCAUUCCCCAUCCCAUUCCCCCUUCCCAUUCCCCCAUCCCAUUCCCCCUUCCCAUUCCCCCAUCCCAUUCCCCCUUCUCAUUCCCCCAUCCCAUUCCCCCUUCCCAUUCCCCCAUCCCAUUCCCCCUUCCUAUUCCCCCUUCCCAUUCCCCCUUCCCAUUCCCCCAUCCCAUUCCCCCUUCUUAUUCCCCCUUCUCAUUCCCCCAUCCCAUUCCCCCUUCCCAUUCCCCCAUCCCAUUCCCCCUUCCUAUUCCCCCAUCCCAUUCCCCCUUCUCAUUCCCCCAUCCCAUUCCCCCUUCCCAUUCCCCCAUCCCAUUCCCCCUUCCUAUUCCCCCAUCCCAUUCCCCCUUCUCAUUCCCCCAUCCCAUUCCCCCUUCCCAUUCCUUCUUCCCAUUCCCUUCCCAUUCCCCCUUCCCAUUCCCCCUUCCCAUUCCCCCUUCCUAUUCCCCCUUCCCAUUCCCCUUCCCAUUCCCAUUCCCCCAUCCCUUUCCCCCUUCCCAUUCCCCCAUCCCAUUCCCCUUCCCAUUCCCAUUCCCCCCCAUCCCAUUCCCCCUUCCCAUUCCCCCAUCCCAUUCCCCCUUCCCAUUCCCCCUUCCCAUUCCCCCUUCCCAUUCCCUUCCAAUUCCCCCUUCCCAUUCCCCCUUCCUAUUCCCCCAUCCCAUUCCCCCUUCUUAUUCCCCCAUCCCAUUCCCCCUUCCCAUUCCCCCAUCCCAUUCCCCCUUCCUAUUCCCCCAUCCCAUUCCCCCUUCUCAUUCCCCCAUCCCAUUCCCCCUUCCCAUUCCUUCUUCCCAUUCCCUUCCCAUUCCCCCUUCCCAUUCCCCCUUCCCAUUCCCCCUUCCUAUUCCCCCUUCCCAUUCCCCCUUCCCAUUCCCCCAUCCCUUUCCCCCUUCCCAUUCCCCCAUCCCAUUCCCCCUUCCCAUUCCCCCCAUCCCAUUCCCCCUUCCCAUUCCCCCAUCCCAUUCCCCCUUCCCAUUCCCCCUUCCCAUUCCCCCUUCCCAUUCCCCCUUCCCAUUCCCCUGUCCAAUCCUCCCUCUCUUCCGCCCCACAGCCUGCAGCCAUGUGCGGGCCUAUUAACGAACCAUGAGGUGUUUGAGCUGCUAACAGACCGGGGGGCCAUGGGAGCAGUGGACGUGUCGCAGGGCGGCAUAGGGCCGGCAGCCAUAGAGUGCCAGGUCUACACCUAUCUCUGCGCCGCCCCUGCCGCCACCCAGACGCGGGCGGCUGUGACCGCGUGCACGGAGCAAGCGGCGGCGUUUGGACUGACACGGAUGGAAACGCUGCAGCUGGUGAAUCUGAGGCCGUCCCAACCAGUAGAAGCACACCUGAUCAUAGCGGACUGUGAGAUGCGCCUACCGGGUGAGAGGGUGGAGCAGCUGCUGCAGGCCGUGGACGAGACACUGCCAGCAGCACCAGAACUGGAAGGAGGAGCGGAGGAGGAGGAUGCAGUUGAGGGGGGCUGA